GAAUACUACCUCCAACUGGAGGACGAUGUGAUAUCCAAAGCCGGAUUUAUCAAACGUGUCAAAGAGUUUAUCGCAGAGAAUGAGGCAGAAGACUGGUUGAUGCUCGAAUUCUCUUCUCUAGGUUUUAUUGGAAAGCUUUUUCGAUCCUCUGAUUUGACCUUGCUGACGCAGUUUAUAGCCUUGUUUUAUCAAGUGAAACCUGUUGACUGGCUGCUGGACCUGCUCUUCGUCAAUCGCUAUUGUCAUCCAGAAAAGUCAACUAAGCAGUGUGCGGAGGAUCGUGUUUGA